AUGGGACAGAGGAAAGGCUGCAAGUGUGAUGUGAUCCAACAUAAGGAGGAAGAUAUGUACAACGUCAGCACCAGCUUCUUCCUCCUGGGAAUUGUGGAGAUGGAGAAGUUUAAUUACCUGUACUGUUCCAUUUCUCUCCUGGCCUAUCUGUUUAUCCUUCUGGGCAGCACCAUCAUCAUCUUGGUGGUGUUACGUGAAGAAAGUCUCCAUGAACCCAUGUACACCCUCAUUGCCAAACUUGUGCUCAACGGCAUCUUUGGCAGCUCCUCCUUCUUCCCCAAACUAACAAUAGACUUACUUUUAUCCACCAAGGAGAUUUCCCCCAUCGGCUGCUUAAUUCAGUCUUUCUGUGUCAUACUUUUUGCCUACUGUGAAAUCUCCCUGUUCACCAUUAUGGCGUAUGACACUUACUUGGCCGUGUGCCACCCCUUACAUUACACCUCCGUCAUGACCAACAAGAAGAUCCUGAAACUCACGUUGGGGUCGUUGUUCAUGAACUGUCUCUUGGUGGGCUCGGCGGUGCUUCUCUCGGCCACACUCCCCUUCUGUGGGGUUUACAUCAAGGGUGUUUUUUGUGAUAACACCGCCCUAUUCAUCCUCUCCUGUGUAGACACUUCCAUCAAUAAAACAUUUGGGACAAUAAACUUUACUUGUUUCCUAAGUGUCCACCUAUUGAUCACAGCCUAUUGCUACAUGCGGAUAUUCCUGACCUGCCUCAAGGUUUCCGAAGACGCCGGUAAGAAAGCGGCUCACACCCUGGUCACCCACUUGCUCAACUUCUCCAUUUUCCUGGUCGCCGCUUUAUUCAUUUUUAUUCGGUACCGAUUGGGGGACAUUAACCUUCCCCUCGCUGUCCAUGUCUUACUCUCGGCAUCAGGUUUAAUCUUCCCUCCACUGCUCAACCCUCUCAUAUACGGGCUCCGGACUAAAGCCCUAAAAGUCAAAGUGCUCUGUUACCUGCAGAGAAUAAAUAUAUGA